AAUAACAGAAUUCAAUUCAAUAUGAAAAUGAAUAAAACAUAUAACAAAAAUAUUUAAGUGACCAGUAUUGUGCCAGCCGGAUAUUAUUAUUUUUUAACUCGUCUUGCGAUUUUUUUACUAUUUUAAAAAAAUGUGAAAUACUAGAAAAAAAUCGUACAAGCUUACAUUUCCGAAGUAUUGUUUCGACGGGAAUUUUACAGUUGAGUUGUGAUAGCUUGUGUUACCGCGUACCGAUUUCAAUCACGUUUUCAUUCACUUACUAAAUAUACAACUAUUGUACCAGGUCUUAAUCGUGACCAUAUCACUUGUUCUUGGCACAUUUUGAUAACAUCAUUUUUUCCUAAUAAACUGCUAUAUAAUAUGCUCCUUCACUAAGGACAAUUAAGAAUAAAGUUCCUAUUUAAUAAAUACUAAACUUUAAGAAAAUGAACAAAUUUGUAAAUAAAAUAAUUAAGUAUAAGUAGGAUGAAAAAUAUGGUCACAAAAAACAAAGAAAUGUAAAAUAUAACAGUACAAAGCGCGUGAAAUAAUAAACAAAAACUUAUCAACGAGUACAAAGCGAAUGGAUGCAGCAAUAAGCUUUUUCAAGUCUUCUCAUUGUUCUCUGACUGAAUAGUAAUGAGAGUUAAAAGAUCGUUAGAGCAAAAUUUCACAAAUUCAAUUUGAUGAAUAAACCUAACACAAGCAACGCAGUUGGUCAACGUGAACUGUACGCAAUCACAUUUUCCAGAAAAUGUUCAAAGCUUCUACAAAACUGCAUAAACGUGUUCAAUCUCACGUCGAACACUUGUCACUAACUGCUUGACAAUACCACUUCAGAUCGAGCGAUAGAAAUAAACUUAUUUGGCACAAGAUCACACGGUCUUCAUUUUCAAAGUGAAUCGUACGUAAGCAUUGUAAUUGAAUAUCGCUAAUAAUGCCUUUAAGCUUUCAAUUGUAAAGCUUAGAAACACAUAGGCUUAAUUCUAUUCUAACCAUAACCAAUGUGCCCGUAAUAUGUCAGACUUACCCUUAAAACCAAUAGAGCGGAAGUCAAUAACAACAAGGGAAAUAUCGCCAACAACAGUUACAAGCGCAGGAAUUGCAACCGUAACAGCAACGGAAACCACUGCUGCGAAAUCAAAACCCAAGCUGUCAAAGUUUGCUACUUUAAAAUCUCACAACAAAGCACAAUACUUAAUCCCUUUACAACAUAAAGAAACAGCAUACAAAGCAACAUCACAGUCGUUGCAACAAUCGGCUAUUGAUAUAUUUGCGGCAGAUAUUAAGAAACCAACUUCACCACAGCAUCUCGAGCAUCUGACCAGAUCCAAAGCAGUUUUUGAACGGAAACGUCGACGUAGAUGUAAAAACAAACGAUCCUGUUCCUUAGUUAAUGUAAAAGUAGCUGACUUAGACGAGAACCUUGAAACGGAUGACCAAGAACCAAUGUUAAGAGCAGAUGUCGAACUUUUUCAAGGAAAAAUCGUUUUCAAUUUAGAUGGUAAUGCAUUCAUAAUCGCUACAGAAAGCUCGACGCAAGAUUCAAUUUUGAAUGCAAAAACAGUACAAAAAACGACUGAAUCUAAGCAAUUACUGGCGUCAAACGUGGUUGGGGAAACAAAUAUUGCAACUAUAAACUUAACAACAACUACUGUAGCAAGUGCGACAACAACAACAUUGAAUACAUCAUCGACUACGUUAGAGGAAGCACCAGGUGGUCAAGAUGGACAAAAACCCGAUGCGUUAAAAUGCAGCGCAAGCCCUCGUAUACAUUCAUUUCGAAUUGUGAGUGCUCAGGAUGCUACAACUGCCAACGUUGCUAACACUACCGCCACCGACAAAAGCAGUGUGGAGAAAACGGAGUUCAGAAAAUUGUAUAUCGAACAGCAACAGCGUAGCCGAUACAGCACUUUUGACGACAACGAUAGCGAUAGUAGUAAUGGCCACAAAAUAUCUUCCAAAAUACAAAAGCCGAUAUUGAUGUGUUUUAUAUGCAAACUAUCAUUUGGGAACACAAAAUCAUUUAGCUUACAUGCUAACACAGAACAUCAACUGACACUACAAGCAAAAGAACAGCAUUUAUUAAACCGCGAAUACUCGAGCGUAAUUAUACAGCCGCAAAAUAUGGAUGAACGGCCGCAAAUAUCAUUCCUUGAGCCAAUUGAUGUGCUCAAUGUAAUCCAAAACGACAAUUUAAAUUCUGAGACUGAUAUUCAAUUUAAUGAGGGUACAUCACAGGUAUUUUCUUGUAGACUAGAUAGUACGGUUGAUACUUCCAACUCUGAGAAAUCGACUGCAGGAUGUGUAAUACGUGAAAAAUCGGAAAAACCAGCGCCAAUAUCGUCACACUCUAAUUCACUAUCGCCAUCUUCACCGUCAACUUACCCAGGGUCAUCAGUAGUUCCAAAAACGCAGACAGCGUUGUCACCAUCAAAAACAGUACCAAAUACGUUGUCCAGCGCAAUAGAAUGUAUUAACGAUAGCCAUCUAUUGCUAACAACCUCAUUCUCCAAAUGUAUGCUCCAGGAGCAGCAAUAUGAGGUGAACGUUCCUGUGCCAACGAUAGCAGUAACAACACUGUUAUCAGGCCCUAAAUUUGACAGCAGUGAACAACAACAGCAGCAAAAAAUUAAGGCAAGUGCACCCAUAGAAUCCGUCGACAGUACAGUCCAAAGUGCAUCGAUAUCACCACCACUGUUUCCCUCAACAGAAAAUAUGUUAGGAGCUUCCACACUGUUAUUACCAAAAAAAGAAUCAGAAAAUAUUACUAAACUGGACGAGACACAUAGUUUUGACACUAGAAUUACAUCUGGCAGCGUUUUAUGCUCAAAUGCUGAUGUUCAAUUGAAGCCCAGAUUGAUAGCGUCCCCAAUCCCUACAACCAAAAACACCUCUAUGACCUGUGAUAUGGGCAAUAAUGACGAACGCGGUUUAUAUUCAGACAUCCUUAGCCCACCUUUGUCAACAUUUCGGGAAAGCCAUGAUAAAAUGCUACAAAUGUCCACAUUAGCAGUUAAUGCUCCAAUUACUCAAGGUGACUGUGAACAUUUUCAAGAGCCUUCAGGAACAGUAUCAGAGGAAGAUAAUAUGUUGAAUUCAACAGAUACACUGGCAGCCACAGUUACAUUUUUGCAGCAGCAGCAACGAAAAAUUGCAACAAUGUCCAGUAGCUCCUUUGACCCCCCUCAACCGGGAUUAGUGACCAUUGCACCCACGCCUACUCAACUCAGCUGCUUACAAGCUUCUUUGGCAGCUUUAUCUGAUGACCUAAAUGUCAACUGUGGUACUACAGAUGCACACAAAACUAACGCUAAAUUGUUCACUGAUUUUUUGCAACAGCAUCUUACUUUACAGCAGCAAAAAGCCUUUUCCGACAUUAGUGGCAAUUAUUCCGAACAUGCCGACCAUAACGAUGGCGAAAAUUGCGAAAUUCAACAAUUAAAGACGCCUCCAUAUCACAUUUCAAACCACCAGUUUACCAACAACACGUCGCAAUUCUCGCCAAAUCGCAAUAAUGGUAGUUGUACCAAUAGCGCUAUUAUGAAAUCUCCUGCACACAUGGCCACAUCUCCUACAGCUGUCAAUGUCUCAACUGCGGCAGUAACAGUGACAGCGACAACCCAGCAACAACAUGCAGCUGCUGCUGUAGCAGUCGCUGCUGCAGCAGCAGCAGCGGCCGCAGUCUCAGUGGCUAACAAUACCCCAAGUUUUACUAUCGGCGCAUGUUCGGACCACAUCAACGGACGGCCAUUAGGCGUUGAAUGCGCUCGGUGCGAAAUGAUUUUAAAUUCAACGCGACUUAACACCGGCGUUCAAAUGUCAACUCGCAAUUCUUGUAAAACAUUGAAAUGUCCUCAAUGCAAUUGGCACUACAAAUAUCAGGAGACACUCGAGAUUCAUAUGCGUGAAAAACACCCGGAUGGUGAGAGUGCUUGUGGCUACUGUUUGUCAGGUCAACAGCAUCCUCGUCUAGCACGCGGCGAGUCAUAUUCUUGUGGAUACAAACCGUAUCGGUGUGAAAUUUGUAAUUACUCUACAACGACAAAAGGCAAUCUUUCUAUUCAUAUGCAGUCAGAUAAGCAUUUGAAUAAUAUGCAGGAGUUGAAUAGUUCACAAAGUAUGUUAGCAGCCGCCGUCGCUGCUGCUAAUUGUGGAAAAGCGGAUGUUGCAUCCAAAAUGUUGAUGUCCAACAAUGCUGCAGCUGCUGCUCAACAACAACAGCAACAGCAGGCACUGCCGCAGUCUCAGCCGCAACAACCGCAUUCUACGCUUGUCGCCAGUUCGUCAAUGAUCAGUAGUGGAGGUCCUUCUAUAAACGCUGGUGGUCGCGCCAGUGUUGAUGGCAUUGGAACUAAUUGCAGCAUGCUCAAUAAAAAUAAGCCGUCCUUUCGUUGUGACAUUUGCAGUUAUGAAACAUCUGUGGCACGUAAUCUUCGUAUACAUAUGACCAGCGAAAAGCAUACGCAUAAUUUGGCCGCACUGCAAAAUAAUAUCAAGCACAUACAAGCCUACAGCUUUUUACAGCAGCAUCAGCAAGUAAUGGCCGCACAUCAGCAACAACAAUUGGCUGCAGCAACACAGGUGCCACAAUCACAAUUACCAGCAUUGGCCAAUAGUUUUUUGCCAGAAAUCGCUUUAGCUGAUUUAGCUUAUAAUCAAGCGAUCAUGAUACAAUUGCUGCAGCACAACUCUGUUAGUCAACAACAGCAGCAACAUGAAUCUGUUGCCAAAAUGCAGAUAAAAACUUCACCAUGUUCCUCACCGCGUUCCAUGCAAAUAGAACAGCAGUCAACAGUUCACCAGCAGCAACAGCAACUCCAACAAUUACGUCAACACUUGCAGCAGUCUUAUUCACCUAACAAUAGUUCAUCAUUAUUACCUUCGGCGGAUCCGUUCAGCACUAGCGAUGUACAUUUUUCUUCCAACGUUAGUGGUAGCUGCAGCAACGACGAAUCGUUGGAGCUACCCAUAUAUGCCGAUCCAUGUCCAAAAAGCGUCUAUAGUUGUUUAGUAUGCGGGGUGUACGGCACAAACAUUUUAGACGAACUAAACCAACAUUUGUUAAUUGAUCGCUCACGUAGCUGCAAGAAGCAGCAAUCAACACCAACCAAUACGGUCAAAAGCAGUUGCACUGAGAAAGCUAAUGUAACUAAUAGCAAUGAAGUGAUGGUGAUUCUAAACAACAAUUACAUUUGCCGAUUGUGCAACUAUAAGACUAAUUUAAAAGCAAACUUUCAGCUGCACAGCAAAACAGACAAACAUCUACAAAAAUUGAACUAUAUAAAUCAUGUACAUGAAGGCGGUACACAAAACGAAUACAAGCUAAAACACUUACACCUAGCUUCCAACACAGUACAACUUAAAUGUAACUGUUGUGAUUUCUACACAAAUUCCAUCCAAAAGCUGUCAUUACACACACAACAUAUGCGUCAUGAUACAAUGCGUAUAAUUUUCCAACAUUUACUACAUAUCAUGGAACAGCAAAAUUUUGAGCGAAACAAAACCGAACAAAUGCCACCACACUCAAAAACUCAUUCACUUAAAGAUGCAGUUGAAAUUGUUCCAAAUAUUCGUGAGUCGCACAGUGUUAUGCCUGUUCAUGAAAAUGAUGGAAGUCCCACCAACCGUAGCAGCAGCAUUGUAGUGGAAGACACGCCCCAGUCGAUGCAAAAAUCUUUAACAUGCCAAUUGUGUGGUUUUAGCACGUUCACGUUGCUUAAUAUGAUCCAACACGUAAAAAGUAUGCGUCAUAUGCAAAUAGAACAGUUUGUUAAUCUACAACGACGCAGCGAGCAACUUGAUCCUCCUAGUCUCGAUGAUAUUUUCAAGGUGGUAGAACGCCCUACACUACAGUCUUUGGCACUAACAGUUGCUGCAAGACAAGAAGGUGAUACGUACAACCGCUAGGUGAACAAAACUAUAAAACUCUCUAGCAACCAAUUGCAAGAGUAUUAAAAUUACAACACAGACUUAAUGCAUGCAACUUAGGGUUAUACUCAUUGCUGCUCCUGAACAACUUGUUUUUUAGGCCGAACUCGUCAGAUAUUUUUAAUAUUACAACAAAAAAAUGACAUUGUCAUUUUCUUCGUCAAGGUAUAUGCACAGAGCAGUGCAAUAUUUCAACGAAAACGAUAAAGUAUAUGUUCAAAUUGAUCCUUCCUCAAAAAUAAUACUACUGCUAAAUGUAGGGAAUGGUUUUACU